AUGGCAUCCCCGGACAUCUUCGCCCAGCCCAUCGAUACCAAGGCCCCGCCGUCGUGCAUAUCGAUUCGUCAUGAUCACCCGGUGCCUCGCAAGGGGAUCCAGUCCAAGGCCCCUCUUCAGACCAACAAAUUCUACGCCAACUUCUUCCUGGGAGACCAACUGGCCCCGACGUACACGUUCCCUUACUCCCUACAGUGGGCCGGGGGGAAGGGCUCCAGUGCGAGCUGGGGCAUGUCCUGCGGCCAUGUCGAGGCGCAUCAACGAGUGUUCGGCAAUGUGAGGUUUAACGAGUCUUCGUCUUACUACCUGAAUCCUAUUGGGAUUCAGUCCAUGGUGAUAUCUGCCAAGGAGCUGGGGAACAAGACGGCGCUCUCGCUCGACAGCAUCACGGCGUUCUCGGCACGAGUCCAUCUCAGCAAGGACAGCACAUCGCCACCGGCAGUCUCGUUCCCGCUUGUGCAGGGGAUGCCGUACAUCACGGCCCAGUUCGACGGCGCCGUUCCCGUCCUUCAAUCGGGAGUAUACUUCAAAACCGUAACGCGGGUUACCCGGGAUCCCAAGCCGCACGUGGCCAAGUACACAUUCAACCUCGAAGACGGAACGACGUGGCGCAUGUACGCCUGGAGGACCAAGGGGGAUGAGCUCGAUCUCAAGGUCGUCAACGACGGGCGGGCCGAGUCGAAGAAGCCCUUCUUCGGCAUCAUCCAGAUCGCCAAGGACCCCCGGACCAACGGAUCCGAGGGGUUGCUGGAUGACGGUGCUGGCAUAUACCCAGUGACGGUUGGUCUCUCGGGCUCGACGUCCGGGUCCCGGGGCAUCUAUUGCUUCAAGUUCCAAAAGGACGGGCACCAGGCCGGGCAUCUGUACAUGUACGCGCUGCCCCAUCACGUCCACUCGUUCGACGACGAGACCAAGCAGCGGAUGCAGCAGGUCCAGCUGCAGACGACGACGAAGGGGCUCGCCAGGCUGGUCCGGGGCACCGAGUGGACCAUGGUCGAACCGAACUUGCCCGUCUCCAUGGGUUUCUCGCCAUGGCACCCGGAAAGGGGAAGCAUGGAUGGCUUGUCUGAGAUGGCGAAGAAUACGAUCCGGGCCGCGGCCGCCAAGGAGAUUUCCCAGAACAUGAUUGCUCAGUCAAAUCUGGACUCCAUGUACUUCAGCGGCAAGGCGCUCGCCAAGUUUGCGACUAUUCUGUACGUGGUCAACAACAUGGUCGGGGACAAGGCGCUCGCGCAAACGGGGCUCGGGCUGCUCAAAGCGGCCUUUGACAUCUUUGCCGCCAACAAGCAAAGGUUUCCUCUGGUAUAUGAGACGGCGUGGGGCGGCGCCGUCUCGUCGGCGAGCUAUGUCACGGGAGACGCGGGCGUUGACUUUGGAAACACGUACUACAACGACCACCACUUCCACUACGGCUACCACAUCCUGGCGGCCGCGACGAUUGGCCACCUGGAUCCGGACUGGGCCCGGGCGAAUGCGGACUAUGUCAAUACGCUGGUGAGAGACGUUGCCAAUCCCAACUCCAAGGACGCGUUCUUCCCAAUGUGGCGGAGCUUCGACUGGUAUCAUGGCCACAGCUGGGCUCACGGCCUCUAUGCCGCGGCGGACGGCAAGAAUCAAGAAUCGAGCUCGGAGGACAUGAUGCACGCGUAUGCCCUCAAGAUGUGGGGAAAGGUGAUUGGCAACGCCAACUUGGAAGCGAGGGGCAACCUGCAGCUGGCGAUGAUUGCGCGCAGCCUACAAGUCUAUUACCUGUACGAGAAGAACAACGAGGUGCAGCCGAAGCAGUUCAUCGGCAACAAGGUGGCGGGGAUUCUGUUUGAGAACAAGGUGGACCACACGACAUUUUUCGACCCGAGCAUCGAGGCGAUCCAGGGCAUCCACAUGAUUCCAAUCCUGCCGCCGACGCCAUUUGUGCGGGUGCCCAACUUUGUCGCGGAAGAAUGGGAGGCGUUUUUCAGCCAGGGGCGGAUAGACGAGAUUCGCAACGCGUGGAAGGGCAUCAUCUACGCCAGCUACGCGACGGUGGAGCCCAGGAAGGCGUGGGAGUUUUUCUCUGGGCGCAGCUUCGACCCGCAGUGGCUGGACGGAGGCGCGUCGCUAACGUGGUUCAUGGCGUAUGCUGCAGCUCUCGGCGGGAUCUGA